AUGGAUGAAAAAAAUAACGAUAUAAAUGAUGAAACUGAAUGUAUAAAGGAGACAAAUGCGAAAGUGGAGCAUGUGGAGGAAAAGGAAGAUGAAUCUACCAACGAUUUGCCUUUAGAGAAAAAAAGGAAAGAACACGCAAGCAACGAUGAUUUACCAGAGCCAAAGAAAAUGCCCUUGAUCGAGGGUGGGGAGGGAAUUGCAAAAGAGGAAGAAGAAGGCGAAGCAGAAAAUGAGGAGGAGGAAGAUGAAGAAGAAGAAGAAAAUGAGGAGGAGGAAGAUGAAGAAGAAGAAGAAAAUGAGGAAGAGGAAGAUGAAGAUGAAAAUGAGGAUGAAGAAGAUGAAGAUGAAAAUGAGGAAGAUGAAGAUGAAAAUGAGGAUGAAAAUGAGGAUGAAGAAAAUGAGGAUGAAGAAAAUGAGGAGGAAGAAGAUGAAAAUGCGGGAGAUAAAGAGGAAGUAGAGGAUCCAUAUCUACUAAAAGACGCAAAAUAUAUACAAAAGAACAAAUUAUGGAAAACGAAACAAAGGGUCCUAAUCGUAAGAUCGCCAUUAAAAAAAAAAAACUGUCAAUCAUUUGUUGACAAUUUAAAACUAUUAUUACCUCACCAUAAAAUGGAGAGUAAAUGGAGUAAAAAAGGGAAAAAAAUAGAUUUAAGUAAUAUAUGUUAUAGUAGAAAUUGUAAUAAUUUAAUAUUUUUUGAUAUAAAAAGAAAUCGUUAUUGUUUAUGGAUAUGUAAAAAUAUAACUGGUCCAUCAUUAUACUUUGAAAUAUUAGAUUAUAUACCAUUGCACAGUUUUUCAUUCCCAGGAAAUUGUUUAUUAUAUUCUCGUCCACUUUUAAUAUUUAGCAAACAAUUUGAUGAAUUAGAUCAUUUAAAAUUAAUAAAAGAAAUAUUUAUACAUGUAUUUGGAACACCUAAAUAUCACCCACUAAGUAAACCAUUUUAUGAUCAUUGUUAUAAUUUUUAUUAUAUUAAUGAUUUAAUUUAUUUUCGCCACUAUCAAAUUCUACCUACAACAUUAGCUGACUCAAAUAAUAUUAACAAACAAAAACUAGUGGAGAUAGGCCCACAAUUUACAUUACAUAUUAUAAAAAUUUUUGAACAAUUUUUUAAAGGAAAUGUUAUAUAUGAAAAUUUGAAAUAUAAAAAUUGUGAAACACCAAAACAGAAAAAAAUUAAACAAAAUAUAAAAAAAAAAGUUACUAGUAUCAAAAAAAAAAAAUCAUAUGUGAACAGAGUUAAGCUCAUUCGCACCCCAAUAAAAACAGACAUCGAUUUUUAG